AGCCAUCACUUUUCUUGAAUUUGUUUUCAAGAAAAGGAAGAAAAAAAACGAAUAUUGCAAGAGAAUCACGAAAGCCCAUUUGGCGAGCUAGCUUGAUUUCCCCAAAAUCGAGAACGCAGCUCAGAAUUUGAUUCCCGGAAGCAAUAAAAAUUACAAUCAGUCCCCUUUGGAUAAACGCGGUGGGAAAAAUUGAAUCUUUCCUUGCUUCGAGGGAAUAAUGGUGGUGGGGGCGGAGAAGGGCGGCGAAUUGGAGCCACCGACGUGUCUGAGCAGUUUCCACAGGGAUCUGACUGCGGGGGCGCUGAUGGGGGGCGUGGUGCACACGAUUGUGGCACCAAUAGAGAGGGCGAAGCUGCUGCUGCAGACGCAGGAGAGUAAUGCGGCGAUCUUGGCCGGUGGCCGCCACCGGAGAUUUAGAGGGAUGGUUGAUUGCAUUGGCCGCACCGUUAAGGAGGAAGGGGUUUUGUCUCUGUGGAGAGGGAAUGGCAGCAGUGUCAUCAGAUACUAUCCCUCUGUUGCCCUCAAUUUCUCUCUCAAGGAUCUGUAUAGGAACAUUCUGCGUGGUAACUCACGAGAAGGCAGUCUUCUUUCCGGGCCGUCUGCCAACUUCCUUGCUGGAUCUGCAGCAGGCUGCACGACGCUGAUCAUCAUCUAUCCGCUCGACAUAGCCCACACGCGCCUCGCUGCUGAUCUCGGGAGAACAGAGACCCGCCAGUUCAGAGGCAUCCACCAUUUCCUAAGCACUGUAUAUAGAAAAGACGGAGUCCGGGGCGUCUACAGGGGCCUCUCCGCCUCUCUACACGGCAUGAUCGUCCACCGGGGCCUCUACUUUGGAGGGUUCGACACCGUGAAAGAGAUGAUGGCCGAGGAGUCCGGCUCGGACGCCGUGCUGUGGAAGCGCUGGGCCGCCGCCCAGGCCGUGACGACGACGGCCGGGAUGCUUUCGUACCCGCUCGACACAGUGCGGAGACGGAUGAUGAUGCAGUCCGGCACGGAGAGGCAGAUGUACGCGACGACGUUCGAUUGCUGGAGGACGAUAUACAGGGCCGAAGGGUUCGCCUCGUUCUAUCGCGGCGCCAUGUCAAAUAUUUUCAGGAGCACAGGCGCUGCAGCUGUUUUGGUUUUGUAUGAUGAAAUCAAGAAAUUUAUGAAUUUGGCAGGAUUAUAGGAAGGUUUAUUGUUGAAUUCUUGCUCAUCUUCAUUUACAAGAAUGAGUAUAAUGUGUACAAAAGCCUUGUUGUAAUUCUUGGCCAUUUGUGGCAAUACAAAAGUAGAAAAAAGGUGCAAGUUAGAAAUGUGUAGAAGCCUUGGUGUAAUUCUUGGCCAUUUGUGGCAAUACAAAGUAAAUUUUGGAUUCUUGAA